CUUGACCAGACACCAGCAACCUUACUAAACACCUUCGGACACACCCCAAUGACUCUGCAGAGUACACUCGGCCUCAUCAACUAUUGUCAGUCACAUCAAGAGUGAGACAAUCAGUGCCAUGGACCUUUAGGAGCAGUAAUGGCAACUUGCAGUACCUUUCGCUCUAAUUGGAUAAACUUGUAGCAUGCGUUCCCUACGUAAAACUGUGCUGUUAGUGCUCGUAGCAUCAGUGGUGCUGGUUUUGGCUGUACUACACUCCUGGCCCACUCGGGUCUACAGCACUGUGGAUGUCAGGUACAGACUAGGCCCUGGAACUGAACGACUGCUGGAGGAGAGGCUUCCUAAGGCGGAUCCGAGUGCGAGCACCAUCCCUUACCAUGUGAGGGAGAAUGUGGCCAGGCUCCUGGCUCGCAACGGGUGUGUGUGUGAAGGAGAUAGUAGAGGGGUCAACUUGCCCUUUGCCCAACUGUUGUUCCCUCGAGUGUCUGCCCACCCCCUGCACACAGCCUUCCAGGCCUCCCAACUCGCCGAGUUGAAAAAACGGCGUGCCAAAGAGUACCAGAGCUUCCAAAUGAGGUCGCAGACCCCAGCUGAUCUGCUGAUUCUAGCUGAAGCUAACAGCCCCCUGCAGUACCCAACACAGGGUGUGGAGGUUCGGCCACUUAAAACUAUCCUUAUACCAGGUUUGGCCUUAAAAGAGCUACCCAGAGAUGUCUAUACUCUGAACUUCUCAGCAUCUCUGGGCACAUUUAAUGUGGCAGCGGAGGUGGAGGGGGUAAAGGUCAGAGGUGAUGGCGAAAUGCACAUGACCCUGAGUAGCAGCCUUUUACCAAGUCUAAAUCGGCAGCUCCAGUUUAUCACCUAUACUAACACUCAGUUCCACCCCAGCACUGUUGACACAGUGCAGUUAGAAACGGAAGGACAUCAAGCUUUUUUCACCAUCAAGAUCCGUCAUGGAUUAACACCCAAACUCUUCAAUACAGGAUCUGAUGCAGAUAAAGUCUCAGAGUACAACAUCAGUGCUCUUGUGACCAUAGCAACUAAAACCUUCCUGCGCUAUGACAAGCUUCAGGAUUUAAUUGACAGCAUACGGCGGUACUAUCCAACUGUCACAAUAGCGAUAGCAGAUGACAGUGAACACCCGAGAACAGUGUCAGGCCCAUUCAUUGAACAUUACAUCAUGCCUUUUGGAAAAGGCUGGUUUGCUGGUCGUAAUCUAGCCGUAUCACAGGUCACCACCAAGUAUGUGCUGUGGGUGGAUGAUGACUUUAUCUUCACUGCCAACACAAAGCUGGAGAAGCUGGUGAAUGUGCUGGAGAAAACCACACUUGACCUGGUCGGAGGAGCAGUACGUGAAGCAACAGGCUACACUGCCACCUACAGGCAGACAAUCUCAAUUGAAGCAGGAGAGGAAGAUGGGGACUGUCUACAUAUGCGGCGUGGAUUCCACCACAUCAUCGAGGGCUUUCCUCAUUGCGUGGUCACUGAUGGAGUCAUCAACUUCUUCCUUGCCAGGACAGACAAGGUGCAGCAGGUUGGCUUUGACCCUCGGCUAGCCCGUGUUGCACAUCUGGAGUUUUUCAUUGAUGGGCUUGGCUCCCUGCAUGUAGGAUCAUGUGAUGAUGUCAUCGUGAACCAUGCCACUAAGAUCAAGCUCCCGUGGGGCCAGUCGGAAAGCGACAAAACGUACGCGAAGUUCCGUUACCCCCCUGCUUCAUCUGAUGCGAUGCACACCAAAAAUGGCCUCUUGUACUUCAAAAAUCAUUUCCAGUGUCUAACACACAACUGAACACACAUUGACUGUACCUCUAUCCAUUACUUUACUCUCAUUCUCCCUCAAAUUAACACUUUUUCCACGAGUAGCUAAAGGGACCUGUGAAGAUGCUAGAGGUGUGGUGCAUAUGUACACGUACGCGGUCCCAUGAGAGUAUGGGAGAGUUCAAAUGCAUCUCUUCUUUUGGAAGGGAUCCUAAUGUGAUCAAACAUGACUGACAGAUGAGGUGCGCAGUGAUGGCUGAUUAUUAUUAUUAUUUUUUUAUAUCUGAAGUGAUGUUGUAUUUUUCAGGGUUCCCACACAUCCUGGAAAUCCUGGGAUUUUGCGGUUUUUCUGUCAUGGAAAAGUAAUUCAAAAUUUGAAAAAUACCCAAAUGCCCUGGAAAAUAAUUUGUCCUGUAAAAUAUUUUAGUAUAAUAAAACUGUUUGAUUGUGUUGCUGACAAGGUUUUUGUUACAUGUAAAGGUACACGUAUUGAUAUAGUGCAUUUUGUUUUCUUCGUUCCAACACUGCUGUAGAGUUAAUUACAAAACCAUUUAAGUUGUAAACUUUAGAUAACGACGACAGUUGGACGCGCAGAUUCUUUUUGAAAAUGAAUUCACACCCUGAGGUGGUAGUGUGGUAAUGUGGCCUUUACACCUCGGUAUGUAAAUUAAAUUUUAAUAAUUUAAUGAUCAAAGUCUGCUUAUACCGCCGUUACCACAUGUGGGCCCUAUGAUUUCUGCGAUGGAAUCACUGAAUCCAGUCACAAAAAUUGCAUUUGCUAUAAAAUGCAGCAUGUCUUGGAAUUUGACAUAUUUGGGAUGAAAAUUCUUGGUUUGAAUGCAUAUUUGGUUUGAAUGCAUAAUUAAUUAAAAUCUCAAUAGGUCCAAGUGUGAUUAUUAAACUGCAAAAGGCUGCAAUUUAAUUAAAUAAAUAUAUAUAAUCUGCAUGUGCUGCAUGCUUUAAAAUGAAUGCGUGAAGCUGGCAGCUCAUCCACUGAAAACACCUCAUCAUGAGCUUCAUGCGUGCUCUGUGUGUGUGUUGUAGAUGACAGGUGAGCAGAGUGCUCUGACAUACAGACUAUAUAUUUAUUUUAAUGAAAUCAUAGCUAUUUGGGGUUUAAUAAUCAUACUGGGUCAUGUAGCAAACUGCUUAAAUAAAUGCCAAAAUAAAAGCUUGAUUUAAAUGAAAGCGUGAAUUGGGGAAAAAAUAUAAUGUUUAAUGCACUUAAUAAUGAUAAUAGUAAUAAUAAUAAUGUAUUACGGCAAUAGCUCACAUAUGUGAUGUUCUGUUGUGCAGCACUUCAUUUGACAAAAUAUCUUCAGUGUUGUUUCAGAUUGUGCUGUGAGGAUUUUAUAAAAAAAAAAAAAAAACACUUAUAAAAAUAAUGCAAUAUGUUGAAAAAUGUAGUUAAUUAAAAUAAUUAUUUUUUCAUUUGAUUAAAGUUUUAACAAAUUCAUUUGAAAAGACAUUUUGAUGAUGUUAUGUUUUUGUUUCUUUUUAAUGUAUUUAUACAUGUUUUAUAAAAUGUCCUGGAAAAUUGUGCCUUGAAAAGAGUGGGAACCCUGUUUUUGUGUCUUCUUCCUUUAGCUUUAUUUUUGUUCAGAAGAACUCUUUAGAUACAGAUCAAACAGAUCUGUAAAUUAUGCAUAUAAAUCCAGCCAUCAUUUUCUCCUCAGACUAUCAUGUUUAAAUAUCACAAUUAACUGACGGGACUACAGAAGAAACUUUCUUUGAAACUGAUGAACACAGAAAAGACUGUGGAGGUAAAUGUUUUGAAACAUGACUUUUACAUUUUUUAAUUUUAAUGGGACACACCUUUUUUGGGACAUUCACGUGGAAUGUUUCAUCAGCUCCCUGCCUGGCAUUAACUGUACAUUUGUAUGUGUGCCUGUGUAUGUUUAAAUGCAGGUCAUCUCUCUGUAUGUUUGCACUAAAACAAAUGGACUUUAAAUUGGAGAGACCGGACCUUCAGCUUCACUAGAUGGAAGAAACUUAUCAUUAUAAAACUUAAACCACAGACAAUCUGAGUUUGAUAUUUUUUUGUUCUAAAGAGUGAAUGUGCCAAAGGCUUAAUAACUGUCCUGGUAUGACUCACUUAAUGUUUAUUUUUCCUCAAUUCUGGGGUAUCGUUUGAUUGCAGCCCUUACCAACCCACAAUACUGAUGCAUGCAGCCUGGUUUCAAUAGCAGAGUUGUCUAAUCUGGGGUUCAGCAAUAUGAAGUCAAUAUCCAAUCCUUCUAUUUUUUAAACCGAGUCUUUUCCGAAGCCACUUUUACCAGAUUUGUUGAAGUCGCACAUAAUGAGUGGUAACAAAUUAUAGUCCAAUGACACACUAUAAAGGCUUGUUUUGUUUUUUUCUUGAAAGUCAGUGGACCUUUUGCUGUACAGAAUGGCUAAGAUCACUUGCUAACCAAAAUCAACACUUUUUAUGACACUUUUCAGCACAUAUAGGGAAAAUCAAAUUAAUAAUAUAAUAAUAUAUUCCACAUGGUAAUAGUAAUUAUAGUAAGGCCAUCAAAGAUUUGAAAUACAGUACAAAGUAUAGAAAUUAUGCAGUGACCAAAAACAAACAAAUGUACAAAAAAUAAAUAAAAAUAAACAAAUGAAAACUAUUUAGUUUAUACAUUUUAGAUUCUUCAAAGUAGCCACCCUUUGCCAAGUAUGAUGGGUGCUUUUUGGCUGCUUUCUGAUCCAACUCAUUCGUUAAAAACUAUUAAUUGACAUAUUACGUUUUGUAAAGAAAUGAAUACACACAAUUGAUAUUUGUCUAAACAACUAUUUUUAACAUCAGAGAAUAAGCCUUUUGAUCAAAAGGUCUUAAAGAUAAUGAAACGCGUACAGUACAGUUCAUCCAGUCAAGUGUGUCCAAACCUGAAACUGGCACUGAAUAUAUGGCAGCGUCAAUUUGGUAAAUAAGGAAAUUGCCUUUAUAUAUGCAGCCAAUUCUGAAAGGUUAAAGCAUGUAAGAAACAAUAUUAGUUCUAUCAUACGAUGUUUGUUUGCAUAUCGUUUGGGUGUAUGUAAAAAAGAGAGAGAGAUAAGCAGGUUUUAAACUACAACGGGUGGGCUUAUUUUUGCUCCUAACAUCGUGAAGCCCGGAAGACUGUUUGGUGCAUUACAUAUUUAACCAUAAAUUCUUUAAACCAUGUUGAACAUCAUGGCCUUGUAAAAGAUUUUACAUUUUGUGUCUGAGUGUGUGUUUGUGCAUGUGGUUGCUCUCUUUUCUGUUAUAACCUUUCUAAACGUGGUGCCAUACAAGACUAAAGAAGUGCAUGGCUGUCCAGAAAGCCUUAAAAAAAAGAUUAAGAAAAUUACAAUAAGAAUACAAUGUGACAAAACAAAUGAGAGAACCAGUUGGAAUGAAAGGAUUUACACAGGUUAAAUGUAACACGAAAUGGCGCAUUUAUAAAAAGAAAAUUGAUUAAAACACUUGUGCACUUGUUUUGUAUUCUGAAUGCCAUGUGGCUCCGCUCAAAAUGCAGAAAGGUACCAAAUUCUUAGCAGUAAUUCACUGGGUCACUGAGCUUGUUUAUUGGGGAAGGCAACCUUACAAUACUCAGUACAGAGCUGCUAUGGUGAUGUUUUGAGAAUGCUAAAAUUUACUUGCCCUGUAUAUAUUAAGGUGUUAAGCAUGUAAGAUCACAAGAGAGCAAACAAAAGCACGAGAGCAAGGUUAUGUGAUUCUAACGUUUGAGAUUAGCUUAAACUGAUGGGACCGGGAACUUGAACAGAUGAUACACUACAAGAUGUAAUUUUCUUAAUCAGUAUUUUUGUCUUGUUUUCCAGUAAAAGUAGCUAAACAGCCUUACAAGAUAAAUUUACUUAAAAGUAAUUGUUUAAGAUAAUAAGACUUGCUUUCAGAAAGUAUAUAUUUAAUUAAGUUUAUUUUUCUUACCCCAUCGAAUUGCAAAUAAAUGUUUUAAAACACUUUACAAUAAGGUUCCAUUCGUUAACAUUAGUUAAUGCAUUGUCACGUACAAACAAUUAACAAUAUUUUUUUACAGCAUAUAUUAAUCUUUGUUCAUGUUACUUUUGGUUAAAAUAAAAUUGUUCAUGUUAGUUCAAAGUGCAUUAACUGUAAAAACAACUUUUGAUUUGUAAUUUACUUUAUACGUAUACUGUAUGUUAAAUUAACAUUAACCAAUAUAAUUAAAUGCCUGAAGCAUUGUUCAUUGUUAUUUCAUGUUAACUACUGUUGCUAACUAAUGUUUACAAAUGUAACCUUAUUUUAAAUUGUUACCAAUUGUUUUUCUUGUCUUAAGCAUAAACCUCACUAAAUUUUGUUUUUUUCAGUGUGGGCAGCUGAAUAUCUGAAAUACUUUAUGAUUGUUAUUAUACUUUGUAUCAAAUGAUGAGAUUGACUUUUUCAUUCCUGUUUUGUGUGUUGCUUGCACUGAGACUGUCUUCUCAUCUCUGGGUUUCUCACUGUGUCUGCAUGGAAAAAAAAUCCUAAUUUCUUUUGGUGUUUUGUAUACCAAUUUAUAGCUAUUUUUUUCCCCUUUCUUUUUGUAAAUGUAAGAAAAAAGCAUUUGUUGUGGAAUGGAAUGAGAUAAAGGCUUUG